AUGGAGCGAAUGGAGGGCUGCAUCGGUGCCGUGUUUGUUACCAUUCAGCUCAGUGGCGGUCCGAUUGACGUUCUGGAUUUUUUUUAUCGCGCCUGGAACGCGGAGUUGUUACGCAACGUCGCUGCAGAAACUACAGGGUGCCUUUUGCGCUUUCCAUUGCUGCGCGUGAAUGGCAUCGUUUGCAGCGGUGUCGUGGCCUCUGUCCUUACAGGCGGUAUGGUGCGUGUUGUUUCCAGUGGUUCUAUCGAGGCAGCCUUGGCGAUUGCAGACUUUGUUUACACGUACGUUAUUAGGCGGCUUCCUGCGCUACCAAGGAGAACCGGCACGAAAAGCAUUACGUCGCUUCAGGUUGUUCUGUCCCCCACUCCACCACUGCCAAGGGGGAUGAAUUUGGAUACGUCCGAGAGCACGGCGGAAUGGCUGCGUGAGCACAUAGCUUCAUUCACCGCUGCUUCCAAGAACGGUGGGGCUGAUGAUGAAUCACGCCAAAGUCAGUGGUGGCAUUGUCUCACAGAAAGUUCAGUGGCAUGCCGACAGUACCGGCACACGCUUCGCAUUGUGUGUCACUUCAGACAGCCUCCUCCACUGCAGGUGGGGCGUGAGUUGGGCCCGGCGUUAGGCAGAGGGGUUGAUGAUUCCGACGCGGACGCGUUUUUUUUUGAAAGCGAACUCAUGUCUGUUGUGCCGUUGGGAAGUGUUUUUAUGGCGGUUGGGCGCAACCCGGACAAAGGCUCGGAAGACGAUAUGAGAGGGGCUGGAGAUGAGGGAAAAGGCGCUGGGCAUAAACGUUCACGUCAUGAGAGUGAGAUGAUGACGUUGGCGAAUUCGUUUUUGGAGCGUCCUGCGAAGGAUGAAAUGACAGCCCUCGUUCCACCGCCACUGCCAUCAUCGUUGGCGACGUCAUCCACUGCAGCACGAGCUUCCAAAACUGGGCCUUCUGCUGCUGCUGCCGCUGCGACUGAGGGAUGUUCGUUUGUGAUGAAGCCGCUGGUGAAGGUUGAGGCGAUGGUGUACCCCUCAGGACGUGUGUUCACGACGACAGACUCCGUUGAGGGUUUGUUCUUCUUUGUGGAGGAGGUGCUCCUACCGCUAAUGCAGAGGCAGCGAGGGACGUAA